AAAACUGAGUUUAAAGCUGUGUGCUUAAGCAACAGCCUUUUUCAACUGUAUCAAGUUAAUGCAGAAAUGUCUGCAUCUCAGAAGUGCUUCGUGCAGCGGAAGGGAACAAGGCUUGUUGUGGGCUCCGAUUCUUUCUACUUUGCAGGUGCUAAUUGCCACUACCUGCUGACGCACGCCGCAAAUGAGAGCCAACGACCGCUCGUGCUGGAGGUCCUUGAUGACGCGCAGCGGCUCAACCUCACAGUCCUCCGUUGCUGGGCCUUCUGUGACGGCCCUGAUGAGUGGAACGCACUGCAGCGCGAGCCAGGCCAGCUGUGCGAGCACGUGCUUGAAGGCCUGGACUGGCUGGUCGAGGAGGCGGGCAGGCGGGGGCUCAGGCUGCUGCUGGUGCUCACCAACUACUGGCCCGACUAUGGCGGCAUGCCGGCCUACGUCAGGUGGAGGUUCGGCAUCCCCGACCGCAGCAGUCACGACACCAAGACGCACCCUACCUCGCUGUUCUACACGGACCCGCAGUGCCAGGCCACAUUCCGGCGGGCGACGGGGGCGCUACUGGCGCGUGUCAACCGCCGCACGGGGCUGCCCUACGCCGCCGACCCCACCAUCAUGGGCUGGGAGCUAGCCAACGAGCCGCGAUGCGAGGGCCCGGGCGGGGCGGACAUGGUCCGGGAGUUCGUGUGGUCCACGGCCGAGUUCGUGAAGCGCCUGGCGCCGCGGCAGCUGGUGACGGUAGGGCUGGAGGGCUUCUUCGGGGCCAGCACGCCAGACCUGCUACAGCACAACCCCUACAGCUCCGCCUCCUCACACGGCUCGGACUUCGCGGCCGUGUUCGCGCACCCCGCCCUGGACUUUGCCAGCAUACACCUGUACCCCGACCAGUGGUGCCCGCCGGCCACACCGCGGGCGGAGCUCAAGAACUUCAUGCGCAGCUGGAUCCGCAGCCACGCGGCGCUGUGUGGGGAGCGGCUGAACAAACCCCUGGUAUUGUCAGAGUUCGGCAAGCGGGACCCGAUGACCUACCAUGGCCGCGACUGCUCACAUCACAUGAACCGCAUGGAGGCGUUUACGGAAGUGUUGGACUGCUGUAUGGAGCUCGCCACGGCCGGUGGCCCGCUUGCAGGCGUGUGCGCCUGGAUGCUGGCGGCACGGCAGUACCCGGACUAUGAUGGCUACACGCUCAAGCUCGGGCCGCCCAGCACCACUCCAGCCGGCGCUGGCGGCGCCCGGCGCAGCUGCGAGUUGCAGGCGGCCCACGCCGCCAAGGGUGAUGUUGCGCCGGCGCCGGCAGGGGAGGCCGAGUGGGGCAGCGGCCGCCUGGACCUAGGGCGGGACACGGGGCCUCUGCGUGACAUCCAGGAGUCAGCGCAGGAGGGAGCCGAGGAGGAGCAGAACGAUGAGGAGGAGCAGUCGCACUGGAAAGACCAGGACCAGCACCCGGGAGCUCCGCCGAUGGGGACCAAGCAGGGCGGCGGCCGCAGCAGCUGCGGGGACAGCGACGUGCGGCUCUUCGGCGCCACGUCAGGCAGCUCAACAGCCGCGCAGAAGACCGCCGCCGCAGAUGGAGGCCCGCAGCAGGUACCGCAGGUCUUGCACUACAGCCAGUACAUUUACAGCGGCCACUGCAACCAGGCGGACGAACCGGCGGUCGAGGCCCUGCAGCAGUAUGGCGCGGUUAUGAAGCGUCUGUGCCUGUUGGGCCCGAGCGCAGUGGCGUGGGCAAGCGGUUCCGGGGAGCAGGAGGCGGGGCCUAAGGGGGUUAGCACAGCGAGCGGCAGGAAUGGCGGCAGCUGGUGGUGCGGCUUGCCGACUGCGUGCUUCGGGCGCGGGCGGAAGCACCCCGACUGAUGGAGGUGUGCGAGUGUGAAAUAGUGAGCGCGCGUGUUGACGGGGUUGCUCAAGACUGUGGGAAAUGGCAGGUAGGCACAUCCUCAAAGUUGCAUUUGUUGGCUGCUUGGACGUUUGACGAGUGCUCCAGUGUGCUAACGCACUGGUACCAGUACCACAGCACCCAACACCGGUGUUGGGUGCUGUGAACUAAUCGUGGUCUGCAGGAUGGCGUGCGGACAACUAACAAUGCGCGAUGAACACCUGAAGGUAAACAUGAUGGGAUGGAUGGAUGGAUGUGCGAUGGGAUGGAUGGAUGGACGGAUGGAUGGAGCGACAGUCCGCUGGCGAAGGUGCUGCACAUACU